AUGGCCUCAUCAAAUAAAAAUGAUUGCUUUAAAGAAGCUAUCGAAAAAGGAGAAAUUAAUUCGUUUAAGUAUAGUUCUUUUGGGGAGUUAAAAUUUAUUGGUGCAGGAGGAUUUGGCGAUGUAUAUAGUGCUUAUUUAGAAAAUAUGAAGGAAAUAGUAGCUUUGAAAAAAUUCCGUGGUAACGAAGAAUCUAUUAUAAGAGAAGUUAAAAAAAUCACUAAAGUCGAUCAUGAAAACAUAAUAAAACUUUAUGGAGUCACCAAAG